AACAGCAUUACAGAGCUGUCCCUCUAGUGUACACAGCGCCCUCUGCUGGUAAAUGGGCAUAAUUACACCGCCUUCUCAAGGCCUCCGUGACGUCACCGCACCGAACGGACCAAUCACGUUCCUCUAGUGUGGUUUGAAUUGAAGCGGUAAGAUGGCGGCGUAGACAAGAGGAGCUUUAUUACAGUGUAAAAGUGAACAUUACAAGAACCUGAGAAAGCUCUGAGAAGGAGAAAGAUGGAUCAUAAGGAAGUGUCUGUGUGUAACAGUAGAGACAUUAACAAGACCUUCAUCGUCUCCACACUGGUGAACAAGUGUGAUGGUGGAGCUUCCACUGCUGGUCUCAGUCUCCAAAGAAGAAACAGAAACAACACAUUGACUGGGAAUCAAGAAACAUCUGAAAAUACAGAGAACCAGCAAUGUGAUGGGAGACAGUUACGUUUACAGAGGAGAACCAGAGGAGGAAAUCCGCACACAUCCACGAUGACUGAGACACAAACAUGGACUAGUGCAAAGUGUGUGUUUGAGCCAAACACCAGAACAGCUUCAGUUCCUCCUCUGCGAUCUGUCAGUCUGAGAGAAAGAGGACUUAAAGAUGGGAUCAAGGCUGUAAACUCACAUGUAAAGACUAUAGAGAAAGGAAAGAGCACAGAAAGACAACAGAACAUUGUCUCAACUCCGAACGGGAAAACACAGUUUGAAAGAAUUACUGUGAAGAAAGAAAUUUUUGAAAAAUUAUCUGUGAAAGAUCAGCCGAAACUAUUAAAACAACCAGGUGUUGAAAGACUUAAGCAAUCGAGCACUGACUCCGUGACUCCAGGUUCUGCCAAUAAGAAGUUUAGGAUUAUUAGUGAAAACCGGAAGACGAUAUCUACAACGAGGAAGAACACAAGUCAACAAGCUCCAGUCUUCAACAGGAAGUCUAAACCUGCUCCGUGUCAAACACGAGCUUCUGCUGAAUCUGUCAAUCAAACUGAAGCUUUAACAUCUAAAGAGCUGAAGAUGGAAAACAGUGCAGUGACUGUGGCAGUGCGAGUAAGACCCUUCAGUCACAGGGAAGAGAGUGAGAAUGCCCGUCAGGUGAUUUUCAUGGAGAACCAUGAGACUGUAGUUUGUCAUCCUGACAAUAAACAGACGUACACCUUCUCUUUUGACUUCUCCUUCUACUCAGCUGAUAAAACUGACCCGAAUUUCACUAGUCAGCAGAUGAUUUAUGAAAAGUUGGCGAGACCCUUACUUGAAAGAGCAUUUGAAGGAUUUAACACCUGUCUUUUUGCAUAUGGACAAACAGGUUCGGGAAAAUCCUACACUAUGAUGGGUUUUGGUGAGGAGGAUGGAGUGAUACCCAGAUUCUGCGAGGAGCUUUUUGCACGGGUGUCAAGUGCUGAUAAAAAAGAGGUAGCUUGUCACCUGGAGAUGAGCUACUUUGAGGUGUAUAAUGAGAAGAUCCAUGAUUUGCUGGUGGUGAUGGAUGAGCAAAACCAAAAGAAGAUGCCUCUGCGGGUCAGAGAGCACCCGACUGAUGGGCCGUAUGUCGCCGAUCUUUCUACGAAUGUGGUGAGCUCUUAUGCUGAUGUCCAGACCUGGCUUGUGCUUGGAAACAAACAGCGAGCGACUGCUGCUACAGGCAUGAAUGACAAAAGCUCCAGGUCUCACUCUGUCUUCACGUUGGUCAUGACUCAGACUAAGACAGAGAUAGUGGAAGGAGAAGAACAUGAUCACAGAAUUAUCAGCAGAAUCAACCUGGUGGAUUUAGCUGGCAGCGAGCGCUGUGCCACAGCUCAGACCAGUGGAGACCGACUGAGGGAAGGAGCAAGUAUCAACAAGUCUUUGCUCACUCUGGGAAAGGUGAUUUCUUCACUCUCUGAGCAAGCUCAGGGCAGAAAGAAAAUCUUCAUCCCAUACAGAGAGUCGGUCCUGACAUGGUUACUGAAGGAAAGUCUGGGUGGUAACUCGAAGACUGCCAUGAUUGCAACGCUGAGUCCUGCCACGAGCAACGUGGACGAGAGCCUGAGCACUCUGCGCUACGCUCAGCAGGCUCGCCUCAUCAUCAACGUAGCCAAGGUCAACGAGGACACCAAUGCCAAGCUGAUCCGAGAGCUGAAAGCAGAGGUGGAGAAGCUGCGGGCCGCCCAAAUGAGCUCACGGGGCAUCGAUCCAGAGAAGAUGAGACAAUUCCAGCAGGAAAUCUUCACCCUGAAGACGCAACUCUCUCAGCAGGAACGUGAAAUGGCUGAAGUGCACAGGACAUGGAAGGAGAAACUAGAGUACGCUGAGAGGAGGAAGCGUGAAGAGACCAAAGAGCUCCAGCGUGUAGGCAUCACAUUUAAAGUGGAUAACCGGCUCCCCAACCUUGUGAACCUGAAUGAGGAUCCUCAGCUGUCAGAGAUGCUCUUAUACAUGAUUAAGGAGGGGCAGACCAAGGUCGGCAAGCUCACGUCUGAGUCAGCCCACGACAUCAAGCUCUCUGGGGCCCUUAUUGCUGAUGAACAUUGUAUCAUCUCCAAUGUUAAUGGCACAGUCAGCAUCACACCCAUGGAAAAUGCCAAGACCUUUGUGAAUGGAAGCCUUGUAUCUGAAGCCACAAUCCUCCACCAUGGUGACCGAGUGAUUCUUGGAGGAGAUCACUAUUUCCGCUUUAACCACCCGGCUGAGGUGCAGUGUGGGAAGCGAGUGUCCUGCUGGAGUAAUGGAGAUGGCCAGAAAGACUUUGAGUUUGCCAAAAAUGAGCUACUUUCAGCUCAAAGAGCUCAACUGGAAGCAGAGAUUGAAGAUGCCCGACUUAAAGCCAAAGAGGAGAUGAUUCAGGGUAUCCAAGUGGCCAGAGAAAUGGCCCAGAAAGAGUUGUCUGAUCAGAAGCUUCAGUAUGAGAACCGGAUCAAAAACCUGGAGAAAGAACUUGAGGAGGAGAAUGAAAGAAAACACGCACAUGAACUAGAAAGGCAGAAGGUCACAAACAAGAUGGAGGAACUGCAGACGGCAAAAUCUCUCCUGGAACAAGAAAUGAUCAUGCACAAGAAACGCUUACAAAUGGAGGCCCAGGCUGCCAGACAGGCCAUGGUUGAUAAUGAUGUUCGACAUGCUAAAAUCCUUGAAGCGCUGGAAGCAGAGAAGAAAAAAAUUGCUGAAGAUCUAGCUGAUAUUCAGAUGAAACGUGCCCUGAAGAUGAAUCAGACCCCCAAGACUGCUCCUCCACAGUGGCAUGCCAUGAAAUUGUCGCUUAUGAUUGAAGAAGCGAACAAGAUAAGUGCCAAAUUCAGGAAACACACAGUGUUUGGCAGACAUGAAGUAUCUGAGACAGGGAGUGUCGGAGGAAACACUGAACUGCAAAUCCAAGUACAGAACACUAAAUUGGGCAUCUCUACCUUUUGGAGCAUGGAGAAAUUCCAGAGCAACCUGGCUGUCAUGAGAGAGAUGGAACGGGGAGUUUGCACCUCUAAAGAUGACGACGAUGUGUUUUACGAUCCCAACGAUCACUGGGAACCAGAUAUAUCUUCAGCAUCUGCAGAGUCUUCUUUUUCUCGGAGAAGGAGCAGGAGUCUGUUGAAGAGCAGGCGCAUCUCAGGACGACUCUACGAGAUCCGAGUGCACCCCAUUCAGAGUUUAAACUGCACCUCCCCACAGCCCACAGGCCUGAUUAGCAUGAGCAAACCCCCUUCAUUUCACUCCGGCAGUUCAGACUUGGCCUUGCCUAGCAUCUGCAAAGAUCUGAUAGCUGCCACGGUUUCCCGUUUACGUGCCAGUUCAUCAUCGGAAGAGAGCGAGAGCCUGGCAGACAAACUCACCCUGGACCUUUUGUCUAUUUUUAAUGCUGCAAAUGUCAUUGCAGGCUUGUACAGCAAGCUGGAUGACAACAGCCAAGAAAACUUGUUUGCAUGCAACACUGAAGCACAGACUCAUCUUGUGAAAGCGACCUCGGCUAUUGAGAGAGCCGUGUUCAUUACCAUGCACUGGGUCUCCAACAUCAGCUCCAGCACUCAGUCAGUCUCCCACAAGGUGGAGGAGCUCAAGACUGAAGUAAAGAACACAGGAGGAUAUUUUCAGCUCCUUAUUCAGGGCUGUGAAUCUGAAAUCUCGUCUAUGGUGACAGAGGCCCAGAGGAAGAUUUGUAGGAGUACAUAUGCAGCUCUGAGCACCACUGCUCACCUGGCAGCAGUAACCGGCACACAGCUCCAUCUGACUGAUCACGGAUCAGACGCUGUAGGCAAAAGGUCUGCUGGGAUGUGUGUGUGGGAGGGAAUGUGCCGAGGUGUGCGAGCUCUUCUGGAGGAGGCUCUCCUUAUCAGCAGAGAGAUGCUCCGACACGCUCAGUUAGCUCAACCUAGAACUCAGAUUUUACAAAACCUUAAAGUGAAAAUGCUGGAGGUGGCAAAGAAUUUGCAAAGCUACAUUCAGUGCAACAUUUUGGAGAAGCUUGACCCUCUGGAGAACGAUCCUGAGAGAGACGAGGCUGUGCAGUUGGGACGUCUGAUAAACACGGCCUCCAAGCUCUUUCAGCUAAACCAUGCUCUCCAGCAGCUUCACUCCACCUUGUCUCGCACUCUGAGAGGUAGAGGCAGCGAUGUUGGUCUCAGAUCAUUCAGAGAUACAGUCCAGUCUGUGACCAGGACAAUUAGUGGCCUUGUGCAUGGAUUACCGAGACAGAUGGACGUUUGCUCCGCUGAUACUCUCCAGCUGCCGUGUUUAAAGAGCGUCAUGGACGCACGAGAUGACCUGCACUCUGCAUUGUGCUCUUUAGCAGAACUGUUUGUUGAGAAAAACGAUGAAAAUGUAGGAACCAGCUCAAGGCCCAACAACCGGACCGUUCCUAAAACCGUGUAUUCACUGUCCUCAGGUGUCCGCUCGUGCUCCAGAGACGUUUGCUGGGUUUGAGCUGCCUGUCUGUCACAUACAAGAGAAAUGUUCUUCACACCAGUAGAAACACUAAAGAAAUAUCCAACAUGCAAAUUUUUCCAUGAAGUGGCAUUAUAACUUUAGAGGUACUGUAAUCUUUUUUUAGCCGUGAUUAUAAUUGUGUGGGGAUGAAAAUUACAUUUCUCAUGCCUUUUUAUAUAUAAUAUAGAUAAGGGUGGGUAUUUCUUGUAUAUUUCCAAGGAUAUAGCAACAAGGUGCAGGUGGUUAUGCAAAAAAAUGAUUAUUGCAUCUUUUCCCCAUAUCUACAAUACACUCUUUUUGUCUGCACUGUUUUGCGGCUUUGCACAACCGUUUUACAACUCGCAUGUAAUACACGUCCCUUUUAUUAAACAAGAGUUUCUUUACAAUCAUGUAAUAAUAAGUUAUGUAUUAUUAUUUUUCCUAAUAAACACAGAUAUAGCUGCA